CUCGUAUUCAUUCUCUGCUGAUCGACUUCUAACUUUCAUUGUCUAAACACCUCCAGUCUCCUCGAGUCGCUCCGGAGCUUCAAGGACCGUCACAUUAUACAAAGAUGCAUCGCACAACAAGGAUUAAGAUUACAGAGCUGAAUCCACAUCUGAUGUGCGUCUUGUGUGGUGGAUAUUUCAUAGACGCUACCACCAUCAUAGAAUGCUUGCAUUCCUUUUGUAAAAUGUGCAUUGUGCGUUACCUGGAGACCAGUAAGUAUUGUCCCAUAUGUGAUGUCCAGGUCCACAAGACAAAGCCUCUCCUCAACAUUAGAUCUGACAAGACUUUGCAAGAUAUUGUGUACAAGCUGGUCCCUGGGCUCUUCAAAAAUGAAAUGAAACGAAGGCGAGAUUUCUAUGCAGCACAUCCGUCAGUCGAUGCGUCAAAUGGUUCAAAUGAGGAUCGUGGGGAAGUUGCAGAUGAAGAAAAAAGAAUAAUCACAGAUGAUGAGAUUAUCAGUCUCUCCAUUGAGUUUUUUGAUCCCAACAGGGCCAAGCACCAAGGCAAUGCGGAAGAGACACAAACUAAAGAAGAGGUGAAUAACAAGAGAUAUUUGCAAUGCCCUGCGGCUAUGACUGUGAUGCAUUUGAGGAAAUUUCUCAGAAGCAAGAUGGACAUACCUUGUACUUUCCAGAUUGAAGUAAUGUAUGAGGAUGAGCCUUUGAAAGAUUACUACACGUUAAUGGACAUCGCCUACAUCUAUACCUGGAGAAGGAAUGGUCCAUUGCCCUUGAAAUAUCGUGUGCGACCCAGUUGUAAAAAGAUGAAGAUCAGCCAUCCACAGGAUGACCUAAACAGUGCCAACCGGUCCGAGAGUGACUCUGCAAGUGAUAAGGCCAGCAGCCCAGCGGGGGUGGCAUCGACGUCUUCACCGCUACCAAGUCCAAGCACGCCUGCGCAGUCCUCGCAUUCCCAUUUCCCCCACAUCUCUAACCCUGUUAACGGCACGUCUAUGACAAGUCCGAACAGGCAGUUCACCUUCGGUAACAAAGUGCGAAAGGCGUCACUGAACGGAUCGUCCACAUCUUCAGGAUGA